CGGAGGUUCGCUCGAAGCGAUGUUGAGGCUCUCGCUGACGCUCUUCGUGCUCCAGCUCCUACUCGGAAGCUCAGCGCUGCGGCUGAGCUCCGCUCCCAGCAGCCGUCGCACCGCACUCAGCCAAGCCGCGGCGGCGGCGGCUGCCAGCACAGCGUUUGCGCAUGCCGCUUGGGCCGAGCCGCCCCCGGCUGAGGCGGUACGGGGCCACCUCUCCGAGCUGAAAGCGCUGCUCGCAGAUAAGGAGAACUUCGUGACCGCUCUGAGCGACGGCGCGCCCUACAAGCUCCCGGCGCAGAUCCCGUUCACCACCUUCCAAAAGCUCGAAAAGACUAGCGAUCCCGAGUUCAUGGAGGCGGCUAUCGACUACGCUGAGGCGUACCGCGGGGUGAAGGACCUCGUGAAGCUGGCGCGGCUGACCAAGCAGACGGUCGCCGUCAGCACCAAGGAGCCUGGCAAGCCGCGCAAGGAGACGCAGGUGAGAUACGGCGACGUGCCCGACUCGGGCCUCGCGACCGCCAAGGAAUACGCGGAGCGAGCGGCUGACGAGAUCCUAGGCGCGACAGGAGCUCGUGAGGUCGGCGCGAGCGUCGCCCUCGACGCGGCGGUCAAGUACAUGGGCACCGCCAAGUGAGGGGGAGGUGCUUCAGCGCGGUUGCACGCCCCGCGCGGCUGCUUAGAGGUGUCUCUAACCGUGGCCCGCUCGUUGCACGUCGUACUACCACACUGAGAGCGCAUCUCAGCGCAGAGCCCUCUCAGUCUCAUACAGGGACGGGUCCGCGGAAAGUUUCUAGCUCCUAAACUCCUACGGCUUUACCUUCGGCCUACCCGAACGUCUUUUUCAGUGUCAGGGGCGUCUUAUUGCUCUGUGUGUUGAUAAUGAUGU